AUGAUUGUGCUCAAGCGAGAAGAUUACGUUAGAGCGGUGGACGAAACUUUGCCGAACACCGUGGGUGGUAUGGUCCUCAAAGAUAGUGAGCCCAAAGCUGCAGAUUUGAAUGAUGAUGGUCAGCUCACCUAUGAAAAAUUUGUUGCUCAGCUUAACUACAACAGACCUAAAAGCAGGAAGGAGGCCGAUAGAGAGAUGGCUUAUCAGAUUCUGAGCUAUAUCGGUGUGGAUCGCGAUGGAAAAUUGUCACAGGACGAGAUUUACAACUUUGCUAAUGUCUAUAACAAGGUAGAUCUUCACUUUUAG